GUGGAGCAGCCAAGAUGGAGUCGGCGGUCGGCAGUCCUGGCCUGCUGAUCAUGAACAACAAGCAGCCCCAGCCGCCGCCACCUCCGCCGCCCGCCACGGCGCAGCCUCCAACUGGGGCACCGCGGACCGCCGGGAGCCUCGUGCCCGGGGUCAAAGCCCGAGAGUUCAACCGCAACCAGCGCAAAGACUCGGAGGGCUAUUCCGAGUCCCCAGACCUGGAGUUUGAGUAUGCUGACACAGACAAGUGGGCUGCAGAGCUCUCAGAGCUUUACAGCUAUACAGAAGGGCCAGAAUUCCUGAUGAAUCGAAAAUGCUUUGAGGAGGACUUCCGGGUGCACGUGACAGAUAAGAAGUGGACUGAGCUGGACACCAACCAGCACCGCACCCACGCUAUGAGGCUCCUGGACGGCUUGGAGGUCACUGCCAGGGAGAAGAGGCUGAAGGUGGCUCGAGCGAUCCUCUACGUUGCCCAAGGCACCUUCGGGGAGUGUAGCUCGGAGGCAGAGGUGCAGUCCUGGAUGCGCUACAACAUCUUUCUGCUCCUGGAGGUGGGCACGUUCAAUGCUUUGGUGGAGCUUCUGAACAUGGAAAUAGACAACAGUGCUGCCUGCAGCAGUGCGGUGAGGAAGCCGGCCAUCUCCCUGGCUGAUAGCACGGACCUGAGGGUCUUGCUAAACAUCAUGUACCUGAUUGUGGAGACCGUUCACCAGGAAUGUGAGGGUGAUAAGGCCGAAUGGAGGACAAUGCGACAGACCUUCAGGGCUGAGCUGGGUUCCCCUCUGUACAACAGCGAGCCAUUUGCCAUCAUGCUAUUUGGGAUGGUGACCAAAUUUUGCAGCGGCCAUGCCCCUCACUUCCCCAUGAAGAAGGUUCUCUUGCUGCUCUGGAAGACGGUAUUGUGCACACUGGGCGGCUUUGAGGAGCUGCAGAGCAUGAAGGCCGAGAAGCGUGCCAUCCUGGGCCUCCCCCCGCUGCCUGAGGACAGCAUCAAAGUCAUCCGCAACAUGAGGGCCGCCUCUCCCCCAGCGUCUGCCUCUGACCUGAUCGAGCAGCAGCAGAAACGGGGCCGUCGGGAGCACAAGGCUCUGAUAAAGCAGGACAACUUGGAUGCCUUCAACGAGCGGGAUCCCUACAAGGCUGAUGACUCUCGAGAGGAGGAAGAGGAGAAUGAUGACGACAGCAGCCUGGAGGGGGAGACAUUCCCCCUUGAGCGGGAUGAGGUGAUGCCUCCCCCACUGCAGCACCCCCAGACUGACAGGCUUACCUGCCCAAAGGGGCUCCCGUGGGCCCCCAAGGUCAGAGAGAAAGACAUCGAGGUGUUCCUCGAGUCCAGCCGCAGCAAGUUCAUAGGUUACACUCUGGGCAGUGACACAAACACAGUGGUGGGGCUGCCCAGGCCAAUCCACGAAAGCAUCAAGACUCUGAAGCAGCACAAGUACACGUCGAUUGCAGAGGUCCAGGCGCAGAUGGAGGAGGAGUACCUUCGCUCUCCUCUCUCAGGGGGAGAAGAGGAAGUCGAGCAAGUCCCUGCAGAAACCCUCUACCAAGGCUUGCUCCCCAGCCUGCCGCAGUACAUGAUUGCGCUGCUGAAGAUCCUGCUGGCCGCAGCUCCCACCUCAAAGGCCAAAACGGACUCAAUCAACAUCCUAGCAGAUGUCCUGCCUGAGGAGAUGCCCACCACAGUGUUGCAGAGCAUGAAGCUGGGAGUGGAUGUGAACCGCCACAAAGAGGUCAUUGUUAAGGCCAUUUCUGCGGUCCUGCUGCUGCUGCUCAAGCACUUUAAGUUGAACCACGUCUACCAGUUUGAGUAUAUGGCACAGCACCUGGUGUUUGCCAACUGCAUCCCUUUGAUCCUGAAAUUCUUCAAUCAAAACAUUAUGUCUUACAUCACUGCCAAGAACAGCAUCUCUGUCCUAGACUACCCUCAGUGCGUGGUGCACGAGCUGCCGGAGCUGACUGCCGAGAGUCUGGAAGCAGGCGACAGUAACCAGUUUUGCUGGAGGAACCUCUUUUCCUGUAUUAACCUGCUUCGGAUCUUGAACAAGCUGACAAAAUGGAAGCAUUCGAGGACGAUGAUGCUGGUGGUGUUCAAGUCAGCCCCCAUCUUGAAGCGGGCCCUGAAGGUGAAACAGGCCAUGCUGCAGCUCUACGUGCUGAAGCUGCUCAAGGCGCAGACCAAGUAUCUGGGGCGGCAGUGGCGAAAGAGCAACAUGAAGACGAUGUCUGCCAUCUACCAGAAGGUGCGGCAUCGGCUGAACGACGACUGGGCUUACGGCAAUGACCUUGACGCCCGGCCUUGGGACUUCCAGGCAGAGGAAUGUGCCCUCCGCGCCAACAUCGAGCGCUUCAACGCCCGGCGGUACGACCGGGUCCACAGCAACCCCGACUUCCUGCCUGUGGACAACUGCCUGCAAAGUGUCCUGGGCCAGCGGGUGGACCUCCCUGAGGACUUCCAGAUGAACUACGACCUCUGGUUAGAAAGGGAGGUCUUCUCCAAGCCCAUUUCCUGGGAGGAGCUGCUGCAGUGAGGCUCCUGGGCAAGAGACUGAAAAUGAAAGAAGGGGUGAUCUCCAGGUACCCCAGGGGCUGUCCUGGUUCCUUGCUGCAGUGCUCCCAUCCCCCUCCAGGUGGCAGCACAGCCCCACUGUGCCCUUCCUAGCCAGUGCUGGGUUGGCUGGGGAGUCUGCAUCUGACCUCUCAUUGAUUCCCAGCGUCCUGCUCGGGAGUGGUCAUCUCUCUGCUUGGGAUCCUCUCUUCCUUCACUCCUCCGCGCCCUCCUCUCUUGGACAUAGUUGGUUGCAGCUCAUUUGUCAUUCCACCCAAGGCUGGGAAAACCUGGGAUGGGCUGGGAACCCGCUGCAUCUGAAUUUCAGGGGUCCUGCUGACUCUUCCUGAGACACACAAAUCCUUGGCAUGUCAGCUUGCCAAAGAGGAGGGCUUAGGAUUAGAGCCAGGCCAGAAAGUCAGAAUCUUGGUUUUGCUCUGGGGGCUUUCUGAUGUCAUUCCAGCCUCUUGCUAAGUUUCAUCUAGAAGCAAUUGCAGAGGCUCCUGCAGCGGCCUCAGCAGUUUGGUUUUGGACGGGGUUGGGGCAGGAAGAGAAGCUUCCCUUAACCAGAGGUGCCAUUUUUUUUUUCUUGGUGUGCAAGGGUCUGUAAAUAUAUAUGAAUCUGUGUGUGUGCUCUUGUGUCAUAUUGCGGUUUUUAAUGUGUUUGUGUAUUCUGUUUACAUUAAAAGGAAGCGAAAACAA